AUGUCGAAAAGGAAGCGAUGUGUCAUUUUCAGCGACUCCGACUCAGGUCAGUUCGGUACCACAUUUUUAUUGAAUGAGAAGUCAGUUGCACUAAUUCAUUAGCCCCAUCUAAGUAAAAUGUCAGUUUUACGUCUUUGUCUCUAACAGAUGAGGCGUAGGUGGUGGUUUUCACUUUCCUCUCCUCGUGUGCUAUUUUGGCAGUUGUUGACAUUGUCGUCAUUUGCUCAGUUUUCGUCGUCUUCCAUCUCCCUUACGCCUGAAAGGAAUUUACCACUUCUGCUAGGGUGUUCAUAUCAGCAUAAGGUGCCAAACACAGCAAUAUGCGGUCCACAAUGCUGCCUCGUGCCCAGCCGUUUUAUGGCAGUAGCGGUUUUCGCAAUAUUGAAUGUGUAAACGGAGGAGAGGUGGGCAGUCCUCAACUGCUAAAGACGACCUUCCGCCGAUUCUACUGCACGCUUGCAAUAAGUCUUUUAUAAACCGUUAAGAUGAACACUGUUCAUUACUGGACUCGUGCCUGUAUCGCCCACCUCUAGGGGUGGUAUCUGCCGUAACCUUUCGGCAAUACAAUUUAAUUUGGCACUUUAAACUCCUUAGUCUUUUCUCUUUUCUGUUAGAGCAUGAAUUUGACUCGAAACCUAUCCCACCGCCGCGAAAACAUUCAAGGCAUUUACCAGACAUAGAGGAGGACAACGCCAAGAAACACCCGAACAAUGACGAGUCUGCUUCCGGUCAUCAAACUAGAAGCCCGAGAAAGGAUAAGAAACGUAAAAAGCCUCAGCCGGUGUUUGAAGAAGGCAAGAUCUCGUACUCGCUUUGCAUCGUGUGUAUAUGUGUAUUUUUGAGAAACAGGCGUGCGAAAAAUGUAGUUGAAAAUGUGCCAGUUUCUUUUGGAACGAAAAAUGGUCAAUUACGAAAAACAUCAAGACUGGUUCUCCAGCUGGUCGUCAGGCACAUGAAUAGUGCAAAAACACAGUUAAACUUUUAACCAUGACCAGCUCAAGUUCCCACCAAUAUGCGUUCAUUGCAUUCGAUCCCCCUGGGGAUUGCUUGUAUCUGUCGUCACUCAUCUUUAAGACUUUCGCAUGUUGUUCCCAUUCCUGUGCCUCCUAAUGCAUACCUCGUCUGUGCGCAUUGCCUCCGGGAAUUCGCGGCCUGUCUUGGUCGGGUGGGCAUUAACGAUGCCAGUUUACUAUCCCUCAAACGUGUCUUUUCUAUGAUAAUUCGACCGUCGCGGUUCACCGCCGUCCCAUAAGUAGACCCCAGCAGCGACUUGUUCGUGCAUUUGUUUUUGGCGACGUAGACUUGCGUCUCACUUUCCUUAUUAGGACCGAGUUGCCCCUUCGGUUGGCAACCUUCCAAUCCACAACUGUCGUGAUGAGUCCGAACGCAUCGGGUUUGUUGUAGUAAGGAAUGCACCCAUUUUCUAUGUGGAUGGAUCCCUUUUCAAUAUUUACCUCUCAUGCUUUUCUCUCGCUGUGUUCAAUUUAUGCAUGGCUACCUGCGAUUGAUGGUUCCGCCUCCUCACCAUUAACCAUGCUCCUGUGUACAGAUGAGGGCAUAUUUCCUGGCUCGACCACAAAAAACUGCGUCACAAGUGAUACCUGGGACUUUAUUAACGACUUCUUUGCCAUAAAAAUAGUCAACGAUCAAUCAUCCCCACGCAGGUUUUACCUCCUACAGACUCGCUCAUCUAAGUUCCCUUAACAGCAAGUUUACUGGAAUUCGGCACAGACUCAAACCUCACUGUUCGUCAUUGCAGUGGCAUAGGCGCUGACGAUGGUUAAGGCUUUCUCCCGUCGGAGUCGGAACCUAUCUAUCACGAGUCGGCCGUUUUUCUGACAAAUGCAUCUUUAAUUUCGUGCGAACAUCUAAUAAGAGGCUUAUUCUGCCUCGGUUUCGCCAAUUUUGUUCCGCGUCUCGGGUGUCACCGUAGGGUCAAUGCUUGCGUCGUAUUUUCGAGUUUUUAAACGACAUCCUUUUCAUUCUGGGUUGGAAGAAGAGAAAGUGCACUACUGACCGGUGCUUUUCACGUAGAUCUCUCAGAAAUGCUUGUAUUUUGACGUUUGCAGUCUAGACUAAAUUCCGACAACCUUUCGCUUUCUAGAGUACCAAUUAGACUCAGAAUCCCACUCAGCAUCAAAAGAACAUUCUAGACAUUCACCCGUCAGGGAGAAGGCUAAGAGACACCAAAAUGAUGAAGAACCUUCUUCUAGCCAUCAUCCGAGGAGGAAGAAGAAACAGGAGAAGCACAGAUCGAUAUUCGAAGAAGGCAAGUCGCUGAGCCUCCACUCCUUUCCAUUUUCAGCCUUCUUUUUGAUGAUAAAAUGA